AGAGUUUGCAUAACAGGCAGCGACAGCCUGUACAGAGGGGAUGGGAAUGCUGAAUCAGUAAAACUGCAUGAAAGCCUGGGAGAGGGUGGAAGAGGGUAAACGGCAGGGGGAGAGGGAAGAGAAAGGUAACGGCCAGGGUAUAUUGGGUAAGAUGUACAGGACGAUGCCUCGUCAUUCAUUUCAUCUCUUAUUUGUGAAUGUGGAGCUGACAGUUCACCCUGUUUUAACUCAGGCUUUCCUCCUCAGUUAAGAGACUUUAAAUAGACUUUAAUUUAAGUGCUGCUUUAGACUACGAUAAAUUUAUAGGGUUUAAAGCCGGAACUGCUCCUUUACAGUUCAGCAAGACAGAAAAGCGAGCCUUUCCCCCGUAUCUCUUCCUGCUCUCAGUCUGAUGGAAGUAGACGAGGUGGUGUGUUUACCGAGGUUGUCCCGGGUCGCUGUGUGCGGUGGUACCCAUGGCAACGAGUUGUCUGGGGUGUACUUGGUGAGAGAGCUGCUGAAGGCGGAGAAGAAAGUGAGGAAAAAAGAGGAGGAGGAAGAGGAGCCUCUGUCGGUGCAGAUGGUGCUGUCGAACCCACGGGCCAUGCAGCAAUGCCGCAGAUACAUCGACACCGACCUGAACCGCUGCUUCACCCACGCCACCCUCAAUGGUUCCACGUCAGACUCGGACCCCUACGAGAUAAUCAGGUCUCGAGAACUGAAUGCGAUGCUGGGUCCCAAAGGCAGUCCUAAGGCGGUGGAUCUUGUUUGCGACCUCCAUAACACCACUGCCAACAUGGGCCUGUGCCUCAUUGCGUACUCUGACUGUGACUGGAUCUGCCUGCACAUAUUCAGACACCUUCAGAGGCAGAUGCCAGAUAUACCAAUGAGGUACAUCCAUUUCGAUGUCUCCAGUAAAGAAUCAUAUUCCCUUGAUUCAGUGGGAAAACAUGGCUUUGCCAUGGAGAUCGGCCCUCAGCCCCACGGUGUGGUGAGGUCAAACAUCUAUACGGCGAUGAAAGUUGGUGUGCAGCAUGUGCUCGAUUGGGUCCAUUUCUUCAACUCAGGUACUAUUUUUGAAGGAGGAUUUGUGGAUGUGUUCACCAUGGUUAAACACAUUGACUACCCAAGAGACAGCGAGACUCGCAACAUCACGGCAGCCAUUCAUCCUCAACUCCAGGACCGAGACUUCUGCCUGCUCCACCCUGAGGAUGCGCUGUUCCAGACUUUCUCAGGUGAAACACUGAGGUAUAAAGGCAAUGAACCACUUUAUCCUUUCUUUGUCAAUGAAUGUGCGUAUUACGAGAAGGGCAUCGCUCUCUCCCUGGCGAGAAAGAGGCAUGUGAUGAUUCCUGCAAUCCGGGUGCAGACAGAGCAGGAGCAACAAGCUAACGAACAGGGAUUUGCAUCAGAAGAAGAGGAGUGAGGAUGGGCUUUUAAA